GCACAAAUGCAAGACGGAGCCUAGCGAUGAGGAGAAGGCGCGCGAGAGCAGCGUUGAAAGUAGGAAAACGGUUGCCGUUCAGGCCUGUGCAUCCGAUGCAAAGUCGGCCGAUUCUAAAAAGCGAAAAAAGAAAAGGAAGAACAGCGGCAGCUCAGUCUCGUCGGUGUCGGCGGUCAGCAAUAAUCCAUCUUAUGCCAGUAAAAAGAGAAAGAUAAGGAACCUUACAAAGAGAAAAGUCGGCAUAAAUCAAAACGGAAAAAAGACGAUGCGAGCCUCACCAAACAGCAGCAGCUUCAAGGUCAAAGUGAAAACCUCAACUCUAUCAACACACCACCGACCAAUCACGAAAGGGAUUGCAUACCUCCAGCAGCUGAUACUUCAGCCUCUCCUUCCACUAGCAAUGCCUCUCUUAUGCGCACUUACUACUCUUACUUUGAAAGUUUUGAGGAUAAUCUCGAGAAUGAGCUAAGGGAUCAAAAUCAGUACCUGAGCGAAGCCAAACGCCUGAAACACAUGGCCGACAAGGAAUCGGACGCCAUCAAUCAGUGCAUGCUGUACUUAGAAGCUGUGUUGUAUUUUCUUCUUACGGGAAAUGCUAUGGAACAAGAAGUGGUAACAGAAAAAGCGGCCUUUACUAUGUACAAAGACACACUGUCGGUCAUUAAAUAUAUUUCCGCUAAGUUUAAGAGUUUGCCGUCUCUGAUGAGUGUGCACAGUAAAUUAGCCAUUUUGAGUUAUCGAUGCCAAGCCUUAUUAUUUUAUAAACUGUGUAAGAUGAGAAAGCAGGAAUGCAAGGAAAUACAUAAAAUUAUUAGUGAAUACUGUAGUAAGAAUGCUGCAAUACCGACUGACCAACCGUGUCCCGGUCAGGGCACACCCUCGCCGCUCUCGCCAACGCCAUCGCCAGCCGGUUCCGUCGGUUCGGUGGGUAGCCAAUCUUCCGGCUAUUCCAGUGGCGAGUUGGCCACCAAGGGUGGAGUUCCUCCUCAGCAAACCGGCGCCUCUCCCGCUGGCGGGACAUGGAUACCCAUGGCCGUGUACAGCGCCAUGGUCAAGCAAAACGUUCAGUUCUCCUUUAUGCUGAGUUUCCAAGAGUUGUGGGACAUAGCCGAUAACAUGAUAGUUAAAGGAAAACACACGGAGUUCUUUAUCAUGCUGGACAGACACUGUAAACCGCUGACGAUGCAUAGUUCCUUGAUAGAGCUGGUUCGGUAUGUUCGGGAGGGAAUCAGGAGGCUGAAAAAGGAAGCCAACGAGCAAGUGCCCUCUUCUAGUAGUUACAAAUAAAUUGAUUCUCUGGACAUAUAUAUAUGCCAAAGACUUGUAUUCAGUCAAUUUUGUAGUCAAUGAAAUAGGAAGGGAACUUGACUAGAAGCGGAUUCCAGUCGGCGGUGAUGCACAUUGCACGUGCAUCUUUCUUACUUCGUUUUUCCUACUAUAGUUAAUAGUUUUGUAUGACCGAUUUAGGUGCGACCAGUUAAAAAAUUUAUAUAGGAUUUAUAAAUAAAAGUUUUAGGGCAAUUUUGUGACUGUAGAAUUAAAUUUCUAAGUGAAGAAAUCUAUCUUGACGUGACUAUAUACGUUUAAUUAUUUUUUGUACAUAAUAUAUUAGGAAGAUACAACACUUUACUAAGAGUAAUAAUUCCAACGUUCUAUUUUAAUUGCUGGUCUACUCUGCUAUUUAACAUAUAAGUAAUUCAAGUUAAAAGCGGUAUUUAAACACUAGAUAUGUUUCACAGUAAUAUAAUUUUUUAAUUUGCCCUGACAAAAGUUGACGCAAUAAAUCUGAAGUUCUAAAGUAAUUAUCAGUAAUUUCUGACAUAUCUAAACAUUCUCAACACAGGGAGCUCACGUUUGUUUGAAUCACUAGCUAUCUCUUUAAAUAUUGACUUUAGAAACAAGUUUUUAAUGGGCGUCUAACGAAAACUAAAGUAUUAUCGGAAUAUGUAGUUACAUUAAAAGGUAAUAUUCGAAAGGUGCAUGGGAAAACAGGAUAAAAGCGCCAUUUUACUAAUUUUACAGGAAAUCCCUGACAGCUGGUGGUUGGCAUUAGGUUCUUUCCCUGUAUAUAUAUUUUUACUAGGCAUAUAUCAUAGGAUUUAACAGGUUAUUGCCCUGCAAAGUGUAUACAUUUUGUAGGGACCAGUUAAACCUACUAUAAUAUUGUGAAAUCCCAAAAUCCUUGAAACUUUCACACUUUAAACUUUUUUCUAAAAGCAAUAUUUAUAAAGAUAUGUAUGGGCUAAAAUGUGAAAGUACUAUUAUUUAUUUGAUUGCAUAUUUGUAAAAUAUAGCAAUAUUUUCAUAGGUCAAUGUAGCAUAUUAAACUUUUGUACCAAAAGAAAAAGAAACUUAAAACUGCAGUGAAACUGCAACUUAUACAUAAUUUUAAAAAUAUUUAAAGUAAUUUGGAGUACUUAUAUAUGCCCUAUCUACUUACGAUUUUUUCUGCUAAACUGAUAGUGUUUAAAUAAUAUUUAAAAUGAAAAAUUACAUAUGUCAUAAUGGUACGAGAAAACCUAUAUACCUAGGAAUAAGACAUAGAGAAAAUAAUGUAUAUUUUUUGUAUAUAACAGCAUUGAAAAGGUUUAUAUAUACAUUUAUAAAUAAAUAUAUAUUUACUAUUUGUACAACGCUGAACAUUAGGCCUAUAGAAGAGAAUCAAAUUAAAACAUCUCACACUUAGGUUGUGCAGAUGAUUAAAAUAUUAAUGAUAAAAGAAUAGGGUAUUUGUUAUUUUUGCAUAAUGUUUUAUAUAUAUUUAGGAAAGUAAGUGUGAAUAUGUAUUAUUUUGUGUAUAUCUUGUACAUUUUUAUUAUUUUUAAAUUAUUUAAUGUCUAUUUUAGUUAUAUUCUUGUUUUAAUUUAGACGCUAUGGUAGAUCAUUUCGUUCUUUGGUUAAAUGCCAAAUGGUUUCACACCCAUUUCCAUUUCUUCACCAUACGAUAUUUUCUAACAUUAUUUAUUAAAUUUCUUUUUAAUUGAAUAUAAAUUUAUUAGUUAAAAAUUAUAUUAAAUAUAUACACAAAGAAAAAUAAAUCAAUUUAUAGUACAGGGAAGCGCUGAAGUGUGUGUGAAGCUCAGUUAUUUAUUUUUGUUUCCUUUGGCUAAAUAUCUUAGUAUUGUUAUAAAAAGUAAUAUAUUUCGCUAUUUUAAGAGUCUGAAAAGGAGUUUUUGCCUGAUUUCUUUAAAAGAUAUAUGCGGGGAACUAUAACCAAUCAAGAAAAUAAUGUAUUUUUUUACCUAUUACAGCAAUAUCCUUAAAAGCAAUUCCCUGCAUAUAUGAUAAAUAAAUUGUGCCUCUUAAAAAAUACUUUUUAAUUUAUUUUUGCGAUAUUGCAUAAUUCAUUUAUUUUUACAGACACAUGUAUAUUUUUUUUAAUGAUGAUCUCAAGUAUAAAAUCACGUUUCUCAUCACGUAUAUAGCGAAAUGUUUACCUUAAAGAUAGAGGGUAUACUUUAUUUUACUAAGAAUAUGGGUUACAUUUUUUGUUACUUGAAUAAAAUUAUUUUACAU